CUCAGAGUAUCCGCGGUGGAAACCGACCUAAACACUGGUCUGGGAACCAAUAAACAAACACAACAAAGCGCGGUGCGUAAAAGCUUUCCACGGUGCUGCUUCUGGGUGCGCACGGAAACUGUGCCAGUUGUCCAACAAACCAAGAAGACUCCGACGUUUUUUUUUUAUUGGUUGUUUAUUUUUGUGUGUGAACAACGAGGAUAUCUUAAUUGGACAUGUGAGUUACGGGAGUUAACAAGACAAGCAGCCUUUUCAAAGAUGAAGUUCCCCGCCUGCGUCCUCGUCACUUUGGUGUUGAUCCGAUGGAGUGCGACACAGUCAGUUUGCCCUGGCACAGAGAACAAGUUGAGCACCCUGUCUGACCUGGACCAGCAGUACCGUACCCUCAAGAAGCUCUACGAGAAUUGCGAAGUUGUCAUGGGCAAUUUGGAGAUUACCAGCAUCGAUCGAAACCGCAACCUCUCCUUCCUUAAGUCAAUCAGAGAGGUUACUGGCUAUGUGUUGGUGGCUCUAAACCAGUUCGACUACCUGCCGCUGGAGAACCUACGGAUCAUCCGGGGCACCAAACUGUACGAGGGUCGCUACGCCCUGGCCAUCUUCCUCAACUACAGGCGGGAUGGGUACUACGGCCUGAGACAGCUGGGUCUGCGCAACCUCACAGAGAUUCUGAAUGGGGGUGUUUAUGUUGACCAGAACAAGUUCCUGUGCCAUGCGGACACCAUCCACUGGCGUGACAUUAUUAAGAACCCCCAGGCUGAGCUGCUGGUGGUACCGUCCAACAACAGCAACCUCGGAUGCAGACGCUGUCACCGCUCGUGUAAUGGACGCUGCUGGGGCCAUCAGGAAGACCAGUGUCAAACCUUGACAAAGACGGUGUGUGCAGAGCAGUGUGACGGUCGAUGCUUCGGGCCUUACGUCAGCGACUGCUGUCAUCGCGAGUGUGCCGGCGGCUGCUCGGGCCCCAAGGACACAGACUGCUUCGCGUGCACCAAUUUCAACGACAGCGGCGCGUGUGUGACCCAGUGCCCUCAGCCGUUUGUGUACAACCCCACGUCUUUUCAGCUAGAGCACAACCCCAGAGCCAAGUACACCUAUGGAGCUUUUUGUGUCAAGAAAUGUCCACAUAACUUUGUGGUGGACCACAGCUCCUGUGUCAGAGCUUGUCCCAGCAAUAAGAUGGAGGUGGAGGAGAACCGCAUCAAAAUGUGCAUCCCGUGUACAGACAUUUGUCCUAAAGUGUGUGAUGGCAUAGGGACGGGCAGCCUGCAGACAGCUCAAACAGUGGACGCCAGCAAUAUUGAUAAAUUUGUCAACUGCACCAAAAUCAACGGCAACCUCAUCUUCCUCAUUACUGGCAUUAAAGGGGACAUGUAUCAUGGAAUUGGACCUUUGGACCCCGAGCGCCUCAACGUGUUCCGCACGGUGAAAGAGAUUACAGGUUACCUCAACAUCCAGUCUUGGCCUGAGAACAUGACAGAUCUGAGUGUUUUUUCCAGCCUGGCAACCAUCGGAGGCAGAUCUCUGUACAGUGGAAGUGGUAUUUCUCUGCUGAUCCUAAAGCAGCGCUGGAUCUCCUCGCUCCAGUUCCAGUCUCUGGACGAGAUCAGCGCCGGCAGCGUCUACAUCUUCAACAACAGCCGCCUGUGUUUCUACAACACCGUCAACUGGACGUCACUCUUCAGGACGCCAAGCCAGAAGGUCCUCAUCCGCAACAACAGGGAUCCAAAGGAAUGCAUUCAGCAGCGGAUGGUGUGUGACCGGAUGUGUUCAGACGAUGGUUGCUGGGGCCCGGGGCCAGACCAGUGUCUUUCCUGUCGAUAUUUCAAACGAGGCCGCACCUGCGUUGAGUCCUGCAACCUCUUUGACGGGAAAGUGCGUGAAUUUGCCAAUGGAUCUGUGUGUCUGGAGUGUGACAGCCAAUGUGAGAAGAUGGAUGGGAACACCAUGACAUGUCUUGGCCAGGGCCCAGACCAAUGUGUAAAGUGUCUGCACUUCAAAGAUGGACCCAACUGCGUGGAGAAGUGCCCCGAUGGGUUGCAGGGAGCCAACAGUUUCAUCUUCAAAUAUGCCAAGGCCAACAAUGAGUGCCACCCCUGCCAUGCCAACUGCACCCAGGGGUGUGUCGGGCCAAGACUUCAAGAUUGUGUUGGGAUGAUGGACAGGACACCCCUAAUAGCAGCUGGCAUUAUCGGAAGUCUAUUCAUCAUCGUCAUUCUGGCGCUCAGCGUGGCCGUGUAUGUUCGACGCAAAAGCAUCAAGAAGAAGAGAGCCCUGAGGCGAUUCCUGGAGACAGAGCUGGUGGAGCCCCUGACCCCCAGUGGAACAGCCCCUAACCAGGCUCAGCUGCGGAUCCUCAAAGAGACGGAACUGAAAAGGGUCAAGAUUCUGGGUUCAGGAGCUUUUGGAACCGUCUACAAGGGCAUCUGGGUCCCAGAGGGUGAGACAGUGAAGAUCCCUGUGGCUAUUAAAAUCCUCAACGAGACCACCGGUCCUAAAGCCAACGUGGAGUUCAUGGACGAGGCCCUGAUCAUGGCCAGCAUGGAGCACCCCCACCUGGUGCGUCUGCUGGGCGUCUGCCUGAGCCCCACCAUCCAGCUAGUCACCCAGCUCAUGCCCCACGGCUGCCUCCUCGACUACGUGCACGAGCACAAGGACAACAUCGGAUCACAGCUGCUGCUCAACUGGUGUGUCCAAAUCGCCAAGGGGAUGAUGUACCUGGAAGAGAGGAGGCUGGUCCACAGGGACCUGGCAGCCCGGAACGUGCUGGUGAAGUCGCCCAAUCACAUCAAGAUCACAGACUUUGGCCUGGCGCGGCUGCUGGACGCCGACGAGAAGGAAUACAACGCAGACGGGGGCAAGGUUGGUAUGCCCAUUAAAUGGAUGGCCCUGGAAUGCAUUCACUACAGGAAGUUCACCCAUCAGAGUGAUGUCUGGAGUUAUGGAGUGACCAUCUGGGAGCUGAUGACAUUCGGAGGCAAGCCUUACGACGGCAUCCCCACGCGAGAAAUCCCAGACAUCCUGGAGAAAGGGGAGCGUCUGCCCCAGCCGCCCAUUUGCACCAUAGAUGUCUACAUGGUCAUGGUGAAAUGCUGGAUGAUUGACGCAGACAGCAGGCCGAAGUUCAAGGAGCUGGCUGCCGAGUUCUGCAGAAUGGCUCGGGACCCUCAGCGAUACCUGGUCAUCCAGGGAGACGACCGCAUGAAGCUUCCCAGCCCCAAUGACAGCAAGUUCUUCCAGAGCCUUCUGGAUGAAGAGGACCUCGAUGACUUGAUGGAUGCUGAGGAGUAUCUGGUGCCUCGAGGUUUCAACAUGGCUUCUCAGUCAUUUUCCACCAGGCCUCGAGUUGACUCCAACAGAAACCAGUUUGGCUAUCGAGAUGGUGGACCAAACCCUGCAGAGAGCUCUGAUGGGGGUGCCCAAGCUUGUGUGAACCAGGAAGCAGCAGGUGGCUCAGGUCCAGCCCUGGAGGACCAGCGCUGUAACGGGAGCCUACAUAAAAAGAGCCUGAGCCAGACUGGGGGAGAGGACAGCGGGGGCCAGAGGUACAGCGCUGAUCCCACCAUUUUCCUUGGUGAGAGGACAUCCAGAGGGGACACUGAUGAAGAUGGAUACAUGACGCCCAUGAAGGACAAGAGCUCCUCAGAAUACCUGAAUCCCAUUGAGGAGAACCCAUUUGUGUCACGACGUAAAAAUGGUGAGAUCCACGCCUUAGACAACCCGGGCUACCACAGCACACCCAACAGUCACCCCAAAGGAGAGGAUGAGUACAUUAACGAGCCCCUCUACCUCAACACCUUCCACAGCCCCGCUGAGCUUGGCCUGGAAGCCCUGAGGAGAAAUGGUCUGCCCCUUCCAACCCAGCCUCCUUCUUCCAUCUCCGCCACAACCUCAGGCUCCCACCUCCCACUUACUAUCCAGACCAGCCUGCCCCACUACCCCCUCCCCACAGCCCAGCCCUCUCCAUCUGGCAUGCCUUGCCACCACGGCCCACCAACCCACAUCCUCCAUGCCCACCACACCAUCAAACCUGCAGGACAACCUGGAAAUCUAGGUGGUGGCUCUGCCACUCAGAGCCAAACAGGAGCCACUGCCCAAUCCCAGGUGUGCCAGUCAGGUGCCCUGUCCACUUCAGCCACCAUUGGGCACGGCAGCCUGCCAGCCUACCAGAGCCACGGAACCAUGCACCCCGCCAGCAUGCUGAAGCAUGGAGGCCAAAUGUCAGGUAAAGCCAGUGGGAAGAAGCUCAAGGUGACCUUUGACAAUCCAGAAUACUGGCAGCACAGCUUGCCUCCCAAAUCUUCUACCCAGGUGGCCCCCGAUGGCGCCCAAGGAGGUUCCACCAAUGCCAAGCUCUUCUACAAGCAGAACGGGCAUAUACGGCCGCCGGUAGCUGAGAACCCUGAAUACAUGUCGGAGUUUUCGCUGAAAUCUGGCACUGUGUUGCCGCCUCCACCUUACCGACAGCGGAACACUGUGGUCUAGAUCGUUCCCCUUGACAAACAUUUCUCAAUCUGACUCUAGCCUCCAACAACCCCGACAUCCUCUCCGGUUCCACUGUCCCACACAGAGGGGAGUAGACGCAACCAGGCGUGCUUCCAACUCUUUUCAAAUAGCGUGCCAUCUGCUGUAGACUGUAGCGACAUCAGAAGGAGAUGGGCUGAACCGAACCAAGCAGACCCACUUCAGACUCAUGCACCUUCACUAUAUCCAAUCCAGUCCAUUUCUGUUCUGUAGAUAGAGACUGUGUUCCAAGUCACUGAGAAUGUGAAGGCUAUGGUGGUUUUCAGCAAAUAACAGACACAACUGUCACACAGCAGUGGACGUAACGUAUCGUGUUGUCCCAGCGCAGUAGAUGACAAUGGCGUCAAACAAAAUGGAUUAAGCUGGGGCCCUGAGCUCACUGCCAGCCACUGCGGUGUCAGAUUCAUGGGAGGAACAAGAUGUUUUAUUAUUUUUCAUUUUCCAGCAUAAAGGUAUGAGCAUGAACAAUGUUCUGCUAAGGGUUUCUGAAAUAAGAAAAACACACGGAGCGAAUAUGCUCUGUUAGAUGUCCAGAUGGCUGGUUUUGUGAAUGACCUUGUAGAAUGAAAACAGAAAAGCAUGGAGGAAAAAAGACUGAAAGAUUCAGUCAGGGGCUAUGACUUCCAGAAAUGUGAAAGAUGGAGCACCGAAAGCUGAUCAAUCAUAUUCAAUCUUUUUGCCUAUAGGAUUAUACUGUACGUUCUUGAAUUUUUCCAUCAAAUUUGUGAAAUUCAUCUCAUCUUUCUACUGUAACUGUGAUACUGUGAUGGCCAAAACUACAGUGAUCUCUCCUUUCACAUUUGUAGUUCAACCACGGACUUUUAACUUGCCCGAAAACACACAAGGUGACUGCUGUUGUGUUGUUUUUGCUUGACUGCUGUCUGCUUGGAAAAACUGAUCAAACACAGCUUUUUUUCCAAGCCAAAGGGUAUAAGGGAAAAAUACACUGUAAACAUUUUUUAAUACAGUGGUUGCAGUGCUGAAAAGAUGGAUUUUUAUACACUGGUUUUCCCGUUCAGAUCAUGAAGCUUAAACUUGGAUGAGUAAAGAGUGUCUUGCAAUGCAAGUGGGAGGAUAGUUAGGGAAAUCGCUGUGUCUGCUGAAUCGUGCGAUACAACCAUCCAUGAAACAGCUGAACUCAAAAUGGUGAUCAUAGAGACAGAGAGAGUGAGGGAGAUAGCAAAAGAGAGGGGAGGGAAAGUUCAUACAAGCCACCUAAUGAAGACCUCUAGGAAUGAUCAAGACAGCACCAGCAGAGCACAGUUAAAACAGACUACUUUUUAUGUGUGUGUCCAUGUGUAUGCCAGUGUGAUUGGGAUGUGUGUGUUUGUGCGUGUACUCACAUACUAGCGCGCCAGUUCGGCCCCAUAGGGAUGUCUGCGGAAAAAGAGAUGCGGUAGGAGUCAGUGGUGACUGGGUCGACAGUUAAAAUCCUUCAGUACCGCUGCUAUCCAACAGUACGUCCAACACUGGUCUGACCUCAGACAAGUUUUCCACCUUAUGACUCCUGUCAGGGAGAAAACUCUACAUUUUUAAGCUCGCUGAGUGGCCCAACAGUAUAAAUCUCUGGGAGCUUUUCAUAAUGUUAGUCAGGAUCGACUGAUGCACAGAAAGUGAUGGUUUUGUGAUUUGUAAAACUGUGCCAAAAUUAAUAAGUUUAGGAAACAGAGUUUGUCAGAAUUUUCAUUUACACAUAGACACAUAACUGUGUCCAGUUGUGUGCAGAGAUUCGCCACACAGGGAGGAGCCUGUGGCAGCACGUUUGGCAGGUUAAUGAUAUAGAUAGGAUGGAUGCAGUUGUCGUUUCUUCCUUAAAUGGGUUGCAGAACAAAUUUUUGCCACCGUUUCUGUGUUUUCAUAUGUUCAUCAGUGGCGUCUUGUACAUCAAGAGCAUGUUGUGAGUCUGACCACCCUGCAGUAAGGAAUUAUUUGGUUUGGUCCAAGAUAGUGGUGCAGACCUGCACAUUUGGAAACGAUUAUAUUUUAAAUCUUAGACAAAUAAUUACCAACAUAGAUCACGACCACAUCUGUGUCCUCAUUAGACAGGCUUUUAACCACAUGUUGGUAGUAAUAGUGCUGCCAUUUGCAGUCGCAUAAACUACUAACUCACCAACCUUGUCACCCAGAAACUUUGUUUAUAUACAUAUAAUUUGCAACAGCAAAUGGAUUAUAUGAUAAUGUUUGUUUUUUUUACCAGCAUUGAGGAAGCAGUAUUCAACACCAUGUGGUGAAAUGUGCAAAACAAACAAGCAAAACCAACAAACAGGCACAGGUGAAAACACAGCCUCCUUCUAGGAAGUAAUAACCAAAUUUUGAGGACACAGGGUUGAACCUACCCCUAAAUGUUAUCUUCUUUGCUGCUCGUUAAAGGUACUAAAAUAUUUUUGUCACAGUAGCUUGUGGAUGAGGCACCUGAUGGCUACUAUAAGUAAUAUGAGUAAAUGUACCAACGUAGAAUAUAUUGUAAAGUUGUCUUUUCUUUUUUCAAGUGCAGCUGUAACUUGUUAAUUUGCAACACUGGAUUUUAAUUAAUCAAGUAGAACUGUUCAACCACGCUUCAGACCAUCAAGACAUACCUCAGACCAGAUUGAUAUCCUCAGAAAAAUCCCAACUGAAUUCUGUCCUUGAGGUCACCAACAGAUCUCUGAUUUCCCUUUUACUCUCAAGAGAACAGUCACUCACUCGUGAUUCGUCUGCGGGCAAACUGCCAGCCAGUGCUGCUAAAAGCGCUGGUGUUACAGCCGUUAUUUAUUCAGCCGAGCCAUAAGGAACACCUGUGGCUGGGAAAACACCACAGAGCUUGCCAAACUUAGAAGAUCAAGGCGAACAUUUUAAUGUUGGUUUUUCUCAGAGGCGCUUCUGUAGUAUGUCACUAGAAUCGCAUCUUAGUUCAAUGAAUUUGAAUGAGCGUCUAUUUUCCAGCCAUUGUUUCUUGAGAACAUUAACAUUUUUUUUUGUGUAGAAUAUUUGUUUUGUGUAUUUUUAUGUGUGUGAACGUGUUUGUGUGAGUGUAUGCACAUGCAAAGCUGGAUAUGCUUCUCCCCACGGAGAACUUUGAUCCAACUCAAGGGAGAAAGGAAGGAUUUCCACCCUUCAUUACUGAAAUAUUCAACUUGUUUAUUCGGUCGUUUACCACUUCAGAAAGCAAAAGCUUGUGAAAGAGUCAAAAGGAAGUUACAGCAGCCAGGAGAUCACGAGGAAAACACAUUUUAGGUGGUACUGACCAGUUUCAAGAAUGUCCUUGUUUCCAUGUUUUUUGUUUGCUUCAAACAGCAUUUAUAACGCUGCUUUGAUGAUACCAUGAUUAUUUCAUGAAGGAGUAUUUUGUAGUCCCUUUUGGAGCUCUAAUUCAAUGAAAUCGAGACAGCAUUUAAUAUCGAUGUGAAAAAUUUAUAGCUUGUUCAAGCUUGUUUUUACUGAGCGAUGGAAACGACUGCCAAAUCUGGGUUUCAAGAAGGAAAAAAAAAAAAAGAAGAAAGGACGAUAGUGGUAAAAAGAAAAACACAUGCCUUGGUUUCUCUCUCGUUUGCCCUGAAUUAUACUGCAGACCCAGGCAAAAUAUGUUUGAAUCAAGAAUAGAUUGAAACACUGAAGAGACAAAUGGCCUCACAUGUUCUUGAGUGGACUUCAGAGUAUCUGAGACACUCAGCAACCCUUCGCUUUUAAUCAGAUCUAGUCAAGAGUUCGAAACAUCCCUGUACCUGAAGAUACAGGUUCGUCAGGUAUUGUUUUUGUCAUCCAGAGGCCUUGGAUUUUAAAGUUGUUUUCCGUUUGUAGAAGCAAUCAUUUUUCCUCUCUACAGAGUAAUAUCUCAUUCCUUGUUUCAAACAUAUUUUGCCUUGGAGUUUGGGCUGUGUUACCUGCUGCUAUUUGUCUCAGCCCUAAACACUCUUGCAGCUCAUGGCAGCUCAAGAGCACGCCAUGGCAGCUGGUGUUUAAGACUGAUCACUUUUUUUAUUUCUACUUUUUAACUUUUCCUCCAAGCCAAGGUGCAGAGGCAUGUAGCCAUGUUGUACUGAAGUGAAUCCUUCAAUAUUUCAUCCUCAUCUACCAUAUAAGCUGCGACAGAGUCUAAUGUAUAGUACAAUAUCACCUUGCAUGGUACCCAAAGUGAGUGUUUUACUGCCCUCCACCUUUGUAUCUCUUCACAUGACGAUAUUAUAUUCAAAUUUCUGUCCAGCGAGGGAGGAAGUGACCAGAUAUUUUUACUGAAUUCAGUAGCACAAACUGGGAAUCCUUAUUUCUGAAAUCUUUCAUGGGAUUUUUUAUGUAUAGUACCCUAUAUAGUCUUUUUAAUAUUGGGUUGUGUUUUUAUUUUUUCCAUAUAAUCAAGGAUGUGUUUCUUCAAGGAAAAAGACUUGAAUCUAAAUAAUUUUUUUUCCACUAACGUGUUGGUUACUGUACAUUGUUUGUCAUUCUAGCUACAAUUUUUAGUUCUUCGCAUCUUAAUUGCACAAAUCGAUGCAUAUGAGUGGACGUCCUUCAUUUUCUGUGUUUAAAUUAUCAAAUCAGUAUAAAUGUACAGAAUCUUUGGGGUUUCCUCCAAAAUUUAUCUAACACACUUCAACAACAAAUGUGAAUAGUAUUUUUAUAAAGCGCUGAAAAGGCCGACGUGGUGAAUUUGUAAAUAGGGAGGCAAUGCUUUGAAUUUAUAUGGUCUUCUCUCCAACUGCUGUUUUCUCCUGCUUAUAACAACCUGUACAAAAAAGAGCCGUACAUAUUUGCUUUAUGUAAGUGUAGCUUUUGACUAAUGGGGAUUUGAUUUUAACAGUGCUUGUUGACCCAUUCUCAUGUGAAUCUCCGUUCGGUGGCUUUGUGGCUGUCCUCAUGUAAUGUUUCGGUUUAGGUGAACGCCGUUGAAGUGGUGACGGUGGGCGGUGGGCAGGGCAGGACAGGGGGCUGUUCACUUCACCUGGUAUCUCAGUUUUGCUUCCCCACGCCUGCCACAUCUCAUUUGUCGUUCAGUAAUGAGAGCACCGCAGAACAAGUGAAUAAUACCUUCUUUUCCUUUUUAUCUCUCCUUCUUUCUAAUUCUCAUAAAACUGAAACCAGUUCUGCCAGCUAACCCUGAUAAACUGUUUGGGAGUCAGUGUUACCUUCCCUGCUUACUUUCUACUGGAUAUAUUACUGAGCCAAGUCUGACCUCCUCCACCUCUUUCCUGAAAGGUGGAGCACAGCCUUCACAGUACAACCUGUUUCACUUAAUUUCUGAUUUGUUUUGCAUGCUUUUAGAGGAGAUAGAGUAGAGAGAAGGUGUCAUCAGUUACUCCUCCUCACCUACGUCCCCACCUAGUACGUUAGCUUUCCAUACUUUCCCCAUGUCCCCUUAUCUAUCUCUCUGAGUUCUUUGAAACCAUACCCAAAGCUUUAUAUCAUAGAAAUACCGUCCCUCAUGUUUGUUACAUGAAU